AUGAGGCCUCCUCGUGUCUCUCGCUCUCCUAGCAAAUUCUCGGCGACUCUCUGGGACGAUCUCCUCGACGCCUCCGUGAUCUCUUCUCCUAAUCUCUCGUCGAAGAUAAUCUCUCCUCGACGGCUCACCUCGAUGAAGAAAGCCUUCGCCUCUGUCUCCGAAAUUCAAAAUGAAAGAUGGAGUGAUGAAGAGACGAAUGUUCGUCAAACAAGAAGCGUCUCACUCCGUAAAGAAAGAAGAACCUGGACGCCAACAGACGAUGUCGUUCUCAUCAGCUUGUGCUUAAACACGAGCAAAGAUGCAGUAAUUUGGAAUGAGCAAAGGUCGCUUACCUUCUGGAAAAGAAUUGUUGGGUACUACAAUGCUAGUCCUAAGCUUGCUGGCUGUGAAAAGAGAGAGGCGACUCACUGUAAGAAUCGUUGGCAGAAGAUCAAUGACGUUGUUUGCAAGUUUUGCGGUGCAUAUGAAGCAGCUACCAGAGAGAAAACCAGUGGACAAAAUGAGAAUGAUGUUCUGAAGCUAGCACACGAAAUCUUCUUCACCAACUAUAAAAAAAAAUUCACUCUUGACCAUGCUUGGAAAGAGUUGCGUAAUGACCAAAAGUGGUGUGAGUUGUCGACAGCUAAAAAUGAUGGAAGCUCCAGAAAGAGGAAGUGUGGGGAUGUAUCACAUUCAGCAAGCUCUAAAUGUCCUGAAGCCAAUUCCACUGAUGAUGAUGAAGCUACAAAUCGACCCCUGGGAGUCAAGGCAGCAAAGGCCGGUUCUAAGAAAACAAUGGGAGAUGGGAAAGAUCUGUCUAAGUUUCAGACAAUAUGGAGCAUCAAAAAGGAAGAUUUGGCUUUGAAAGAAAAACUGUCUAAAAUUAAGCUUCUCGAGGCUCUCAUUGCUAAACAAGGACCACUUGCGGAUUAUGAAGAAACUUUGAAGCAGAAACUCAUUACUGAGUUGAUGCAGUAA